GUCUAAAUGUUGCAGGGCUGUGAUUGGGUCAGACUGAUCAGUAGGCGUGCCUUCAUGUUCUGUUUACUCCGCCUUUGCUUGAGAUUGUUGAUCGCUGAUUGGAGGCUGGUCCCCCCAUGGGCGGGGCAAAGGCGAGGGGGCUGGCUGACCCUGUAAAGAGAGCUCAGUCUCAGCUGGAGAUGCCAUGGCGAGUGGGUGGUUCUUCCUCUUCUCCCUCCUGGCCUCUCUCCUGAGUGGGACUUGGUGCUGGUCUGGGCCAGGCUUCCAUGUUGCCUCGCCUCCUCCUCGCUGCGAGCCCAUCUCCAUCCCAAUGUGCUUGGGCAUUGGCUACAACCUGACGCGGAUGCCCAACCUGCUGGGUCACACAGGCCAGGCCGAGGCGUCGUUGGCGCUGCAGGCCUUUGCCCCGCUGGUCUCGUACGGCUGCCAUGCCCGACUGCGCUUCUUCCUCUGCUCGCUCUUCGCGCCCAUGUGCACCGAGCAGGUCCCCCGCGCCAUCCCGGCCUGCCGGCCCAUGUGCGAGGCGGCACAGCGUCGCUGUGGGCCGGUUCUGGCCCACUUCCGCUUUGAGUGGCCACCCGCCUUGGACUGUGCCCGUCUUCCCACGCGGCAUGACCCCCACGCACUCUGCAUGGAGGACCCCGACGCUCAGGACGAGGAGGAAGGGGACGGACUCCACACGGAUACGGAGGACCGUCCACAGCACUCCCCGCAACGCCGCGGAUAUGGCAUGCUCCCUGUCGCACCUCCGCCACCACCUGCUGUUCCGUCAUCUGGACCCGUGUGCGCUUCCGCCAAGCUGCUCUUCGUGCGCGGGCUGGGCGCCUGCCUCCCUCGCUGCACUCCGAGCGUGGACGUGUUUUGGUCACGUCACGACAAAGCGCUGGCUUCCUCCUGGGCGUGCGCUUGGGCCGCACUCUGCUUCGCCUCCACCGCCUUCGCAUUGCUCACGUUUCUACUCGAGCCACGUCGCUUCCGCUACCCGGAGCGGCCCAUCGCGUUCCUCUGCGUCUGCUACAAUGCUCACGCGGCAGGAUUCCUUUUGCGUGGCUUAGCUGGGAGCGAGCGCCUCUCCUGCGGGGAAGACGCCGACAGCGGGGCUCGCUUCCUGCUCCCAACAGGGACGGCUCUCGCACACGCGCCAUGCGCUUUAGCCUUCUUGUUGACCUCCUUCCCGGGAAUGGCGUCAUCGUGUUGGUGGGCCGUGUUAGCCUUGGCGUGGUUCCUUGCGGCGGGGAAGAAGUGGGGCCACGAAGCCAUCGGUGCGCUGAGUCGCUACUUCCACCUUGCCGCCUGGGGCCUACCCGCAAUCCAGUCUGCCGCCGCAUUGGCCUUAGGCGCUGUCUCUGCUGAUGAGCUCACCGGCCUCUGCGCUGUCUCCGCUUCCAGCGAAAGCGCCCUCUCGUUGGUUUUAGUGCUGGCUCCCCUUGCGGCCUGCCUCUUCGCCGGGACUUCCUUCCUCCUGGCAGGCUUCACCGCCCUCUUCCGCAUCCGCCGCACUCUCAAGACCGAAGGAUCCGACACACAAAAGCUGGAGAGGCUCAUGCUCCGACUAGGCCUUUUCUCCCUCCUCUAUGCACUCCCUGCUUCAGCAGUUCUAGGCUGCCUGCUCUAUGAGAGCGCACAUGCGCAGCGCUGGGCCGAGCUGGCCUGGGCCCGCGCUUGCGCAGAAACAGAAGGGGAGGAGCCCGACUGCCGCUUGCCGGCAUCCAUCCCCGCUGCUCCCGUCUUCCUCCUCAAGAUCUGCAUGUCCUUCGCCGUCGGGAUCUCUUCCGGCGCCUGGGUCUGGAGCCCCAAAACGCUGCAGGCCUGGCAAGGCCUCUGCCGGAAGAAGGCCCGGGGCCCACCCCGGAAGGAAGCCCAGGAGAACUCGCACUUCCGCCGGAAGGCCUUCCCCAAACCGGAAGCAGGGCCCUAGAGACAGGUACCAACUUUGUUUCUGAGGGAGAGACGUCGUACUAUAAUUGGGCCGUAAAGACCGGCACCAACUCUUCAGGGAGAGACAUUGUGCUAUCCUUGGGCCCUUCAAGUGUUUUGGACUCCCAAUUCCUAGCAGAGUCAGGCCUCUUCUUUUUCCCCCUCAGCCUACGCACUUCCUCCAGAAGGCCCUCCAAACCAGAGGCCGGGCUGUAGAUAAAGGUACCACGUGUUUUGGACUCCAACUCCCACAAUUCCUAACAGCAUGUCCUCAGUGUUAACAGACCUCAGUCUGUGAUAGGCUUCGAUAUAAGAAGGCCUCAGUGGGAGAAAGGCCUCAGAGUGAGAUAGGCCAGGUGUAAGAAGAGAUAGACCAGGCAUGGGCAAAGUUCGGACCGCCAGGUGUUUUGGACUCCCAAUUCCCACAAUUCCUAGCAGCAUCAGACCUCUUUUCCCCCCUCAGACGGUUGUCUACAUACUUCCGCCGGAAAGCCCUCCAAAUAGAAGCCGAGCUGUAGAGGAAGGUACCUAGUGUUUUCGACUCCAACUCCCACAAUUCCUAACAACAUGUCUUCAGUGUUAGCAGAUGUCAGUCUGUGAUAGGCUUCAGUAUAAGAAGGCCUCAGUGUUAAUUCGCAUCAGUGUGAGAGAGGCUUCACUAUGAAGUAGGCCUCAGUGGGAGAAAGACCUCAGAGUGAAGUAGGUGAGGU